UCGGGUCUUUUUUAGCGCCAUCUGCUCGCGGCGCCGCCUCCUGCUCCUCCCGCCGCCGCCGCCGCCGCCGCCUGAGUCACUGCCUGCGCAGCUCCGGCCGCCCGGCUCCCAGCGCUCGCCGCCGAUAAUUGGAGUUCUUACAACAUGGCAGACAUUGACAACAAAGAACAGUCUGAACUUGAUCAAGAUUUGGAUGAUGUUGAAGAAGUAGAAGAAGAAGAAACUGGUGAAGAAACAAAAAUCAAAGCGCGUCAGCUGACUGUUCAGAUGAUGCAAAAUCCUCAGAUUCUUGCAGCCCUUCAAGAAAGACUUGAUGGUCUGGUAGGCACACCAACAGGAUACAUUGAAAGCUUGCCUAAGGUAGUUAAAAGACGGGUCAAUGCUCUCAAAAACCUUCAAGUUAAAUGUGCACAGAUAGAAGCCAAAUUCUAUGAGGAAGUUCAUGAUCUUGAAAGAAAAUAUGCUGUCCUCUAUCAGCCUCUAUUUGAUAAGCGAUUUGAGAUCAUUAAUGCAAUUUAUGAACCUACAGAAGAAGAAUGUGAAUGGAAAGUUGAUGAAGAAGAAAUAUCGGAGGAACUGAAAGAAAAAGCCAAGAUUGAAGAUGAGAAAAAAGAUGAAGAAAAAGAAGAUCCUAAGGGAAUUCCUGAGUUUUGGUUGACUGUGUUUAAGAAUGUUGACUUACUCAGUGACAUGGUUCAGGAACAUGAUGAACCUAUUCUGAAGCACUUGAAAGAUAUAAAAGUGAAAUUCUCAGAUGCUGGCCAGCCCAUGAGUUUUGUCUUAGAAUUCCACUUCGAACCCAAUGAAUAUUUCACAAAUGAAGUAUUGACAAAGACAUACCGGAUGAGGUCAGAACCAGAUGAUUCUGAUCCAUUUUCCUUUGAUGGGCCAGAAAUUAUGGGCUGUACAGGGUGCCAGAUAGAUUGGAAAAAAGGAAAGAAUGUUACUUUGAAAACCAUUAAAAAGAAGCAGAAACACAAGGGGCGUGGAACAGUUCGUACAGUGACCAAGACAGUUUCUAAUGACUCUUUCUUUAAUUUUUUUGCUCCUCCAGAAGUUCCCGAGAGUGGAGAUCUGGAUGAUGAUGCUGAAGCUAUCCUUGCUGCAGACUUUGAAAUUGGUCACUUUUUACGUGAGCGUAUAAUCCCAAGAUCAGUGUUGUACUUUACUGGAGAAGCUAUUGAAGAUGAUGAUGAUGAUUAUGAUGAAGAAGGUGAAGAAGCAGAUGAGGAAGGGGAAGAAGAAGGAGAUGAGGAAAAUGAUCCAGACUAUGACCCAAAGAAGGAUCAAAAUCCAGCAGAGUGCAAGCAGCAGUGAAACAGGAUGUGUGUGGCCUUGAGGAUAACCUGCACUGUAAUAGCCUAAACACAACUAUUAUUUACUUACAGCCUUAUGUUUUUGUAUUUUCUUGGUAGAUGCAGUAAUCUUUUUUUUUUAAAAAAAAGAAAGGAACUGAUAUUUUAAAGACCAAUUGUUUUACCUUGCAUUUUCACUAUAGUUUCUUUGCCAGAUAUGUUGAGGGCACAAAUUCUUGUGUGCAUGUUCAUUCAUUGCUAUAUAGUUUGGUUCUUCUGGAAUAUUCUUAUCAUGUGACUAUUAGAUUAUAGCUGUGAAAAUGAACUGUUAACUGUACACAGAUUCUGUGUUGUGCAAAUUUUUUUUUUCUUCUUGAGGAACCAAAACAUUCAGUCGCUAAGUUGAUUGGAUUUAAGUUUGCUUGCAUUAGCCUUUCAUUAAUUUGGUAUAGAAAUGUAGAGUCUUAUGCUACAACUACUCAUUAAAAGAAAAUUAUCAAGACAAGUAUAUGGUUAAGAAUUUCCAGUCACAGCUUACCCAAUAACUUAGAUGGUUGUUGAUUUUUGUGUUUUAGGUAACAAUUGUAAAGAAUCCUAACUCAGUAAUUAUCAGAGGGAAAUAAAUAAAACGUAAUAUUAUCCAAAAUUAACCUCAUGAUUUUAACUGUACUUUUAAAUUUAACCUCCAUUAAUAAGCAUCUUUUCUUUGUGGUAGGGUCUACCUUCUGCUUACCUGGAAAGGAUGAAUUUACAUCAUUUGACAAGGCUAUUUCGAGUUUUUUGUUGUUUGUUUUUUACAGCCUAAAAUAAAAGUAUCAAAUACAAUUUUAGUUCUCAUAAAUAAUGUCUUAAUUUUGUGCUAAUUCAGUUGUGAGCAGAGGCCUGCCUAGAACUAAGCUUUGUGCACAGUUUACCAUAUUGUUGAACAAAAAGGUUGCCAGUUUUGAAAGAGCUACCACAUCGUCUAAUAAUGAGGAAGUAUGAAAAAAGAUCCUAAAUAAUGUGAUAUUUCUUUAAAGGAUUUAAGUUAAAUUUCAUUUUCUUUGGUUAGAACUAGAGAUAAAUAUCAAUUCCCAUUGCUUAUAGGAUGACUGUCAUUUUACCUGUGCCUCUGUUUUCUUUGUGUUAAAAUGGGUAGUACUGUUUACUCAACUACCUCACAGAUGUGUUAUGGCUUAUUAAGUUAAAUUUUAUGAAGUAUUUCAAUUUCAUUAAAACUUAGACAAUUAAAGCUG